UCCAUCUGCUGCAACUGGCUGGGAGGGCUGAGCCAUGGAUCGAGGAGCAGUGCUGUUUCUACUGCUCUCUUCUCUCUCAGGAGGAGCCUGCAUGAUUGAGCUGGAUGGGAAUGGAUUCACUAACAUACUGGUUGCCAUCAACCCAGCUGUGCCUGAAAACCCCCAGCUCAUCCAGAACAUCAAGGAUAUGAUCAAUAGCUCCUCAGCAUACCUCGUCACUGCUACUCAGAAAAUGUUCUACUUCAAGGAUGUGAAAAUACUCGUCCCCCCUAACUGGGCACCACAGCCGAGCUAUACAAGAGGAAAAACAGAAUCAUAUGAAAAUGCAAACGUAGUUAUUAAAGACAUGUCGUAUGGAGACGAUCCUUACACACUGCAGUACGAUGAGUGUGGAAAACCAGGAAAAUACAUCCAUCUGACACCCAGCUUCUUGCUGAACGACUCUCUCUUGAAUGCUUACGGACCCCGAGGCAGAGUGUUUGUGCACGAGUGGGCACACCUGCGCUGGGGUGUCUAUGAUGAAUACAACGAGGACACACCCUUUUACAUCUCCAGCAGCCAGCAGGUGGAAGCAACCAGGUGUUCCAAAGAUCUCACAGGCAGCUUAGGUGUCCCAUCCAGUUCUGACAGUUCUCUACAGAGGUGUUCCAAGGACCAGAUUACCGGACUGCCCAGUGCCAACUGCCAGUUUUUCCCAGACAAGACCCAAAAAACGUCCGCGUCCAUAAUGUAUCUCCAGAGCCUGCCUGCGAUCACGGAAUUCUGUAAUGACAAGAGCCAUAACCAGGAGGCUCCGAACAUGCAGAACAGGAUGUGCAACUACAGGAGUGUGUGGAGUGUGAUCGGCUCUGCGCCGGACUUCGACCGGACCGCGCCCAUGACAGCGGAUCCGCCGCCACCCCAGUUCACUCUGCUGCAGAAGGGCAGGAGAGUCGUCUGCCUCGUGCUGGAUGUGUCUGGCAGCAUGGGUGACUAUGACAGACUGACCCGACUGCGCCAGGCAGCAACUCUCUUCCUGCGGGAGAUUAUUGAAGACCAGUCCAUGGUUGGGAUAGUUACCUUCACUUCUAGUGGGACAAUAGUCAAAUCGUUAACUCUGGUUCAUGACGAGACUUCAAGGGAGGAGCUGGUUACAGCCUUGCCCAGCACAGCUGGUGGAGGGACGGAUAUCUGUAGAGGGCUUGACUCCGGCUUUCAGGUACUCAGAGAAGAUGACAGCAGUACAUUUGGUGAUGAGAUUGUGUUAUUGUCUGACGGAGAAUCGCCAGUGGAUUGUCUUGAUCAAGUCGGCAACAGUGGAGCUAUAGUUCAUGGAAUUGCCCUGGGACCGAGUGCUGAUAAAAGAGUUGAAAUAAUGGUAAACAUGACAGGUGGAAAAUACAUUUUAGCCACAGAUAAGGUGGAUUCUAAUGGGCUUGUUGAUGCAUUUGCUGCUCUGACAACUUCAGAUGGGAAUCUCACUCUGCAGUCCAUCCAGCUUGAGAGUACUGGAAUGAACACUGAUGGAAAUUCAUUUUUUAAUGGAACAGUUUCUGUGGAUAAAACUGUUGGAAAUGACACAAGCUUUUUAGUUAUCUGGGGAACAAGUGUGCCUGAUAUCAUUGUUACAAGUCCCACUGGUUUCAAUUAUACCAACACAGACUUUUCUCAAAACAGAGAUUUAAAAACAGCUACAUUAAAGAUACCAGGAACUGCAGAGGUGGGAGACUGGACUUACAGUCUUCACAACACACAGUCCAGCCGGCAGGCUCUGGCCGUGACCGUGACGAGCCGCGCGGCUAGCGCCAGCGUCGAUCCCGUGACCGUUAAAGCCCACAUGAACCAGGAGGUCAGCAAUGGAAGCCGACCCAUGCUGGUGUUUGCAGAAGUGAGGCAGGGGGAUCUUCCUGUGAUACUGGCUGAUGUCGUCGCCACCAUUGAGUCAAACGAUGGGCCCAAUGAGGAGUUGCAACUUCUGGACAAUGGAGCAGGUGCUGAUGUUUUCAGACGUGAUGGCAUCUAUACCAAAUAUUUCACCAAUGUAAGAAAGAGUGGGACUUUCAACUUGAAAGUCAGAGUCCAGGGUCGAGGGGACACAGCCAGGCUUUCUGUGAGAAGACAUGGGCGCGCUCUGUACAUACCAGGAUACAUGGAAGAUGGCCAGCUGCAGCUGAACCCCCAGAAGCCCCCCGGGAGUGAGGAGGACCUGCAGGCGCGGGUGGGCAGCUUCAGCAGGACGGCCUCGGGGGGGGCCUUCACUGUCGCCAUGGAUCCUGGAGCCCCCCCUCCAAGGUUCCCUCCCUGCACAAUCACCGACCUCAGCGCCAGGAUCGAGGCGCAGGGGGUGCUCCUGACAUGGACUGCUCCUGGAGAGGACUACGACCAGGGAACGGCAAAAUCCUAUGAGAUUCGGAUGAGCCCAGAUUUUGAGUUGCUCCGAAAGAAUUUCAGCGACGCCCAACUUGUAAACGUCUCUCUCUCCUUGCCGAAAGAAGCUGGCUCCAUGGAGGAGUAUUCGUUCUCUCCCGAGUCCAUUCCCCUGCAGAACGGAACCAUCCUCUACUUUGCUGCACGGAGUGAAGACCACGAAAACCUCACCUCAGAGGUGUCUAAUAUUGCCCAGGCAGCUCUGAUUGUGCCUGGGCCCGACCCCCCCACCGGGCCUGAGCCUGGCCCCCCCACCGGGCCUGAGCCUGGCCCCCCCAGCAGUGUGAACAUAACUGUGCUUGUUCUGUCGGUCACAGGGGUGGUGGCAGCGGCCUGCAUUGUUGCCACUACAGUGAUGUGUGUGAAGAAACGCAAGCGAACAACCUCUGCCUGACCCCAUCGGCGGCAGCAGCCAUUCGAACAAUGGAAAUUAUGGCUUUUUCACUAUAUAAUAAACCAAGGAAGUGCUAUUUUCACAACUGAAGUCAUUAUAGAAGUAUGUUGCUUUACACUCGCAGUUCUAAACUGCACACAAUUAUGUUCAAGCUCAGAAAAGUAGCUUGAAACUAUCCUAUUGCUAUAAUUUCAGAUCAAACUGAUUCAGCAGUUUCUACUGGGCUAUAUAGUAAUGGCAAUACAAAUAUGGCCACACAAAUAAAAUAUGCAAUGAAUUAUAUUCAA